AUGCUUGGGGAUAUAGGGAGAAUUCCGAUUCUGUCACUGAGUGGUUGCAAGAGUCUUUCGGACAUUCUGUCAGACCUACCCUUACCUCAACCUCUUCCCAAAUCCGUCAUUGGUAUCGAUCUUAUCGAUGACCCCAAGUUGUACCAUGAAGCACAAGUCUACAUGCAAUCACGUGAUGAAUACCUGGUGGAUUCAAUUUCAUCCGCACUGUCCACCACGUCCACGGACGGAAUAAUCUUCAAAACUGAUUCAAAACCCGCUCUUAUUGAUUUCCAUACUCUUCCAGUGCUACUAAAAGAGGCCAUUUCAAAAAGACCUAAUAUUCUAGAGGCGAACCGAAGCUUUGAAUGUAUAUACUCUUGCAAGGAGGUGCUACGAAUUCUUUCAGGUGAAGGUAAUCACAAACACCAGGCUUAUGCGUCACUCUUAGCGGAGAAAUGUACGCCCAAAAUGACCUCUCCCAUGAAGUCUGGUUUUCCAUCAGCAACUCGGCAUCAAACUUUGGGGUCUCCUGUCGCUCCCGUCAAGCUGACACUGAAACAAUCACAAACACCUGGUAGCGGAAGUAUCUACAGUGUAACAUCAGUGGAGCCGCUUAAGCUGUCAAUUAAGCGAGCCCCCGCAACUUCAACUCCUGUCACCGUUACUCAAGGCGGUCCGAAAAAACUGCGUGUAAAACGCCGCUCGAAAGCCUCUACCACCUCUGCAAAUCAAAAAUGGCCGAUGCAGUUAGUUGAGUCGGGAUCAGCUCCGGUCGUGCCUACUCAAUCACAAAUCGUUCAUUCUCACUCUGUACAGUCAACGCUUCUUCCUGCCCCAAAUCCAUCCCCCAGUUUACAAUUAGUCAUUAGUGCUCCAUCCUCCACCCUGCCCCCGCCCCCUCCCAAAGAUCCCCCUGCGCGAAAUAGCGGUCAAAUGUUGAGCACAGUGUUCAACCAACUCCUCCAAUCCGACCCCGAGAGCACAAUUGCUUCACUGUUGAGCAGCAGCGAUGGGCAAUCCACGGGAAAUCCAGCCUCCGUGGAACCCCAUCAUCCCCGAUCUCCACCCCUCUCUGUCCCCUCCAACUGCUCCUAUCCCGCUACCCCAGGCAUGAACAGCAGCCUCUCACUGAACAACAACAGCAGCACUAGCAACGUAGCUCCUGCUGCCGUUACUUCCACCACUAAUCCUUCUCCUAUCAACGCUAUCUUCGACACUCCCGAUGUGAGUGAUGGAAGAGAGACCAAUCCCACGCCCGCUCCUCCUCCGCCUCCUCCACCUCGGGGGCUGGCGGCUUACCUUCAGAAAUCCCGCAAUCCUGAGAUGGCUGCUUCGCCUUCGGAAGAUGUCGUGGACGCCUACGCCCGCCAACACGGGUCCGUGCCUCCCAUGUCCUCUUCAUCUUCUUCCCCAUGGACUGAGCGACGCUGCGGACCACAGGCCACUUCCAAUGCCAAUAUCGGUGCUGCUGUCUAUCCUACAUCUUCCUCCCUCACUAGCACCCCUAAUGGACAGGAGGGUGGCAAAGAGAAGCGUGGGCGUCGACGGCGAAGCGAGCUAGAAGAGCUGAUCAACUGGCAGGUCCGAGAUCAAGCAACACCUCUCAAGAGGCAUGCUUUCCAGUCCCAACAAAUUCCACCCAUAAUAGAGAAUAGCCCGCCUCCUCCUCGCGCCCCAAGUGACAACGAGGGUGUCGCAUUUUUUACAGAACCUCUGGGGGAGCGUGUCAAACGCAGGAGGCAGCAGCACACGACACCACUCUGUUCCAGUAACAGCACCAGUGAUGUGACGAGGAACACCAGCGGUAGUAAGAGUGGCGAUGGUAAUGGAGGCAAAAGUGGUGUCGCUAAACGUUCCCGUGAGGGCACAUCGAGUGAGCUGUCUGUUUCGCCGAAACGUGGAAAAACUCUGAACCACCGGCACCAUCGCCUAACUUCCUCUGAAUCCGAAAUACCGGAUGAUGAUGAGGAGGAGGAGGAGGAGGAGGAAGCCAAAGGUGUCGAUGAUGGUGCCACCAGCAGUAGUUGUCUCACUGACUCACCUGUCCCACGAAAGCAUUCCCUCCAACGUCUUGUUGAAGAGGCCAAGGGUCGACCGCCUUCUCUUUCCAGACUUGACAGUCUACGUCACACUCCUGUGUCCUCCACACCUAUUCCUCUGGAUGAGACAGUCUCUCCACUAGCACGUUUGAAUAGCAAUCGGCUCUCGCCUUCAAUGGAACGGCCCAGAAAGAGGGCUUCCACUCGCUCCUCCACCAGUCCUCCACCUCUUCUCCCUCUUCAAACUUGUGGGCAGGAUCUAGUCGACAGAAAGGAACGGCAUCGGCUGAAAAAGCGUCGGCAGCUUAUCCAGGCUACCUCCUCAUCUGAGGAUGAAUUCUCCAAAAAAUCCUACCUCACCCAGGCCAUAUGCUACGUUUGUGGACUCGGCAUAUCUCCUGCUGUCUGA